UUCAUUCACGAACCCAAAACAGCAAUACCCAUCUCUCUCUUUCUCUCCCUCUCUCUACAAAUAUUUCAGGAAAACCUCUGAUUGCUUCUGGGUAAUAUUCUUCUUUCUUCUUCAAGAGAUAGACUGUUAUCUUCUUGAUUAUUAUUCUCCCUUUCUGGACAUUUGUUGAAGACUUUGUUUUUUUGUUUUUUGAUAUCAGCCGGCUUUGUCCCACUACAAUCUCCAUGAUGAAGAAAGUUUGUUGGCCUUACUUUGAUCCUGAUUUUGAUAAUUUCCCAGAGAGGAUAUACGGCCCCACAUGUAGAGUCUGUAUUGACAAUGAAAGCAUGGAAGAUUACACAGUAGUGAAGGUGGAUAGCGUAAACAAGCAAGGCCUCCUCCUGGAAGUGGUGCAAGUCUUAACAGAUAUGAACCUUAUCAUCUCAAAGGGUUAUAUUUCCUGUGAUGCUGGAUGGUUCAUGGAUGUUUUUCAUGUUAAAGAUGAACAUGGCAAGAAACUCACAGACCAGAGUGUUAUUGAUUAUCUCCACCAGGCAAUAAAUACAACGAGAGAGACCCCAAGCCCUGCCAAAGCAAAAGCAUACGUGAACGAUUUUUUUGAAGGUGACCAUACAAGUGAGCAUACCGCCAUUGAAAUGAGCGGAACCGAUCGGCCUGGACUCUUCUCGGAGAUAUCAGCCGCUCUAGUGGAUCUUCACUGCAACAUUGUGGAAGCUCAUGCAUGGAGCCACAAUGCUCGACUUGCUUGCGUCGCCUAUAUUUCCGAUCAAUCUACUGACACCCCAAUAGAGGACCCUCUCCGCCUGGCCAACAUAGAGGACCACCUCACUACGGUGCUCCGUGCCACUGGCCCCCGGCAGCCCAACAACCAAGAAGUGAAAACUGGAGGUGGAAUUGUUGCAGGGGAAGGCACGACCGUGACUAAUGUGGAAAGAAGGCUGCACCAACUCUUGCUUUCAGUUAGGGACUUUGAUGAGCCCACCGGCUCACCGACAACAAGUUAUGGAUCAGGUUCAGUAUCAGAUAGUGAAGAAGGAGGCAGGAAGACGGUGGUUUCGAUCGAGAACUGCGACGAGAAGGGCUAUUCUAUUGUGAGCAUAGAGUGUAAGGAUAGACCAAGGCUCAUGUUUGAUACGGUGUGUACUUUUACUGAUAUGCAGUACGUGAUUUUCCAUGCUUCCAUUCGCUCUAGUGACGAUGGUUAUGCAUUUCAGGAGUAUUUUAUUCGACAUAUUGACGGAUAUGCGUUGAAUACAGAAAGCGAGAAAGAACGGGUAAUAAAAUGCUUAGAGGCAGCUAUAGAACGUAGGGUUUGUGAGGGAGUGAAGUUACAGUUAUGUGCAGAGAAUCGAGUGGGACUACUGUCUGAUAUAACUCGGAUUCUACGAGAGAAUGGUCUUGCUGUUGUUAGAGCAGACAUAGCAACACAAGGAGAGAAAGCAGUGAAUGCUUUUUAUGUGAAAGACAUCUCAGGAAAUGAAGUAGACAUGGAUUUUGUGGAAUCUAUGAAGAAGGAAAUGGGACCAAUAGACCUUGAGGUCAAGAAUGAUUGUAUGAGACCAAGCUCUAGAGAAAGGGCCCAUUUCUCUAUUGGAGACAGGCUUAAAUCUCAAAUUGAACGCAUUUCUCAAAAUUUUAUUCCAAUCAAGUGAUUCAUGUUAUAUGUCUCCCUAGAUAGUUUCAUUGUAAGGAGGUCUUUUAUUUCCUUGUAAUAGGAUUUGUACAAAAAUAAAAAUCAGGGUACGUUUAUCUA